UUAAGAAUUUUAUAUUCUUGUGAUAUUUUAACUUUUUAUACCUGUAUUGUUUCUUGGCGGAGUGAGAGAGGUUUAACUUAGAGAUAUUGAAUUCGAAUCGUGGAAAAUGCCACGAAAAUCUGAGGGUUAAAAUGCGUUUAGGCUCUCUCAGAGUCAACCGUACAUAUAUGAUGUGGACAAAUUUGAAUAGCAUUUUUACUUCAAAGAGAAGUAUUAUUUACUGUAUAAAAUCAUCUUCUGAUUAGCAAAACAGCUCCCAUGGAAAUGUAGAAGUGAAAUGCCAUCCCCAAUUGGACCAAGACUCAACUUUUAUAAACAACAAUACUUGUGCAAAGGGUUUAAGAAGAUAAUUCCGUACAAUACUUCUGGCUUGACAAGGUAAGGGAGAAAUGGCAAAAGGUUUGUUAUGGGCAACGGCGGAGGAUUUGUCAAGAAACAGAGGCUGGGUCCUCUCACUGUAUCGCCAAACACUGAGGAGUCUGAAUUCACCUGAUAUACCACUCAACUUGGCAACCAGUCUAGCCAAGAAAGCGAAAGUUCGAGCCAUUUUCUUGCUGGGUUCCGAGGAGCGAUCACUUCACAACAUUGAAGAUCUUAUUAAUGUUGCUGAGUAUUCUCUCUCCGUCUUGAAGAAAGGCGAAAUCCCGAAACACAUUCAAUAGAUCAAUGUACAAUGCAAGUUAAAUAAUGAUCUGCUUUUCCAAAGCCAUGCUGUUUCAGCACUUCAGGAGGCUGCUGUCAUACCUUGUGGGUCCUUUUGAGGACACCAACCUGUGUGUCAUUCAUGUCAAGUGCGUGAAACUUAUGCCCGAAGACAUUCAACUGGCUUGCAGAAUCAAAGGUCAGCAGGCAAGAUGUGUGGUGGUGGUGGUUAGUGGCGGUGGUAAUUUGUUCUUUGUUAAGUAGCAGUACAUAGAUGCUAGACACUAUUCAGCUUUAAUAGUUACUGUUAGUUGUUCGUUAUGUGCUGCAAUGGAAGAUGACUCAUUGGAAUGGAAAAGUUGAUUCUCAUAGUAAGCAAUUCUCUAUUUGCAUAUAAUGUAGUGACUUUGUUUCUGGUA